AGAGCCGCGCAGCGGGCGCUCCCCCGCCGCGGCGACGCCGCCGGCCAUGUGAGGGAGGCGAUGCCCGGGGCGCCGCCGCCGGAGGUGAGCGCGCUGCCGGUGCUGUCGGACCUGAAGAGCGGCGAGGCGUUCGACGACCGCCUGGAGAUCAGCACCCUGUCCUUCCUGGCGGAAUGCGGGGCGGGCGAGGCCCGGAGGGCCGCCCGGAAGCAGGCCGCGACGAAGACGGCGGCCGCCGGGGAGGAGAGCUCGAGGCUCUGAAGGGGGAGCUCUCGAGGCUGGACGCCAGGCUGUCCGCGGACCUCCGGCCGCGGCUGGAGGGCGCGGCGCAGGCCGCCGCGGAGCUGGGCGAGAAGGUGGCGGGGCUGCGGUCCGCCCUGGAGCAGCUGCCCCUGCUGCGCAGGGAGGCGCAGGAGCUCGUGGGCAAGCUGACCAGGCGGCAGGUGUCAGAGAUCAAGCAACUGGCGCGGAACCCUCCAGACUGCAUUCGACGCACCCUCUCGGCCGCGUGGCUGCUACUGAACGCGGACCGCUUCCGCGGCCAGUCCGCCGUGCAGUUCAACGAGGAGAAGGACUGGCGUCGCUGCCAGCGGAUGCUCGGCGAAGACAGCUUCGUCAGCGGCAUCCUGAACUACAGCCCCGCCUGCCUUGAGGUCUCCCCGCAGAUCCCGCAGUACGUGGCGUCGACGUACCUGGGAAUGAAGCUCGCUGGCCCUGGCCCCGCGCAGGAGCCGGCUGUGCCGCGCUGCGCCUCGCAGUGCCGGAGCGGCAGCUCGGACGCACCCGCUCACGGGCCCGCGCAGGGCGCGGCUGGCGCGGCCGGCGCGCCCAAGCCGCGGGCGCCGUCCAAGGGCACGCGGUCGCAGGCGUCCUUGGGCGCCGCGGGCUCCAAGGCCUCCCUGCCGAAGCCGCCCCUCGAGGUCGCCAGCGUGUCGCGCGCCAGCGAGCCCUGCGGGACGCUGCUGCUGUGGAUGCAGCGGCUGAUGGCCGAGAGCCAGGAGCGCAGCAGGCUGCUGCGGGAGCUGGCCCCCGCCGAGGCGGAGCUGCGGGCGGCGGAGCAGGACCUCCGCGCGCUGGAGGCCGAGGCCCGCCGGGACGAGGGCGCGCUGGCGGUGCUGCGGCUGCGGGCCCUCGAGCGCGAGCACGAGCUGCGCAGGCUGCGCGGCGAGGGCCGGCCGCCCUCGGGGCGGCGACUGUCGGCCACGGGGCAGGCGCCGCUCUCCAGCCGGCCGCGCUCUGGCCGGCCGCCCUCUGCGGGCCGGCCGGUCUCCAGCCGGCCGCGCUCGGGGCUGCGGAAGCGUGCGGUGCGCCGCCUGGACCUGCCGCCCGUCCAGCCCGUCACGGCCGGGGGGGCGGGCAGCAGGUCCGCGACCCCGGUCAGCAGCGCGCGGGGCACGAACCCUGCAGUGGGGCACCUGCGGCCGUCAGGGCUGGCGCUGACACCGCUGCGCGCCCCUCGCACGCCGAAGGUGGAGCUGGACGUCACCGGCAGGCUCAAGUCCGUGAAGGACCGCCUGGCCCAGUUCCGGGUGAGGUUCGACAAGAACUGCUCGGUGAUAGUGGAGGAGAGCCAGGCGCUGGAGGCUCUCGGCAGGAUCGCCCUCGUGCUGGAGGAGCACCGCGGCCGGUUGAAGCUGGCGCUGGAGGGCCACUGCGACCAUGGCGAGGACGAGGGCGUUGACGAGGCGCGGGGCAACGCCGUGGCCAGGUGGCUCGUUGACAGGAUGGGCGUGGCCGCGGGGCUGCUGCGCGUGAGGGGCCGGAGGCACGCCGCGCCCGGUGGGCGCUGCGUGGUGCCGCGGCCGCUGCAGGAGCUCGUGCCGCUGUACGGGCCCAUCAGCCCGAAGCUCGCCUCCUCCAAUGGGCGUGUUGGGCUCUACUUCGAGGAGGCCAAGGCGGAGCUCACUCCCGAGACGACCUUCAUCCUGAUGGAGAUGGCGAAGUGGCUCGAGGGGGAGAAGGGCACCGCCAUCAUCGAGGGCCACUGCGACAAGGCGGAGCCGCCCAGCCUGGGGAUGCGCCGCGCGAGAGCGGCGGCCGACGAGCUGGUCAAGCUGGGGGUUGGCCCGAAGCGGCUGCAGCCCGAGUCGCGCAUGGCAGAGAGCCCUCUGUCCACACUGCACGCAGCCCCCAACCGCCGCGUGGAACUGUACCUCGGGUGAGGCCGCCGCGCCCCAUGGGGCGUUGGCGGCAGUGCGCCCGCCCCCGCCCUCUCUGUCAUCCCCUGCAGGCGCUUCUCCUUGGCGCGCUCGCGCCCCGUGCGCGCCCCCGCCCCGUCCGGCUGGGCGCGCGCCCCCCGGCUGCGCUGCACCCCCCCCGCCUCGCUGAGCGUGCGCGCGGGGCCGUGCAGCUGCCCC